AUGGAAAAGACAAAGGUUGCUUCUGCAGUUUCUCUCCUUCUGGUGGUGGGUGUUGCAGUGGGUGUUGUUGCCAUUGUCCGCACCAACGACGAGAAAGUCACCGGCACAACCGGUAACGACGGCGGAUUAAUAAGCACACAUAGCAAGGCCGUUAAGGCCAUGUGCCAAAACUCCGACGACCGAAGACUAUGCCUAGACACACUGAAUCCUGUAAACCACACGGAUCCAAAAGAGUACAUAUCAACGGUUGUAAAGAGAUCAUUGGAAAGCGUCAUCAAGGCCUUUAACAUGAGCGAUACGCUCAGAUUGGAGCACGGUAACAGCACCCCGGGGGUCAAAAUGGCCCUCGAGGACUGCAGAGACUUGCUCCAAUUCGCCAUUGGGGAGUUACAAGCAACAAAAACAGUUCUUCAGGACAACACAAUAAAUCAUGUGCAUGAUCGCGUCGCCGACCUCAAGAAUUGGUUAGGGGCUGUUUUCGCCUUCCAACAAUCGUGCCUGGACGGGUUCCACACCCACCGCGAGAAGCAGGUUCGGUCGCAGUUGCAAACCGGAAGCUUGGACCACGUUGGGAAGGUUACGGCGUUGGCUCUUGACGUUGUGUCUCGGAUUGCACAUGUGCUGUCAAAUUUUGACUUACACCUUAUCGUUAAGCCUUCUUCACGGCGUUUAAUUGAGGUUGAUCAAGAUGGUUACCCGGCUUGGUUCGGCGUUACGGAUCGGAAGCUCUUGGGUGACGUCAGCAAGGGAGGUUCCAUUGCUCCCAAUGCAGUUGUUGCUAAAGAUGGGAGCGGGCAAUUUAAGACUGUUUUGGAUGCCAUUAAUGCGUACCCUAAAAACAAUAAGGGGAGAUAUGUUAUCUAUGUUAAGGCUGGCAUAUAUGAUGAGUAUAUUACUGUGGAUAAGAACAAGAAAAAUAUUUUGAUGUAUGGAGAUGGCCACACCAAAACUAUUAUUACUGGUAGUAAAAAUUUUGUUGAUGGCUGGAAGACAAUGAGAACUGCUACCUUUGCGACAGUUGCCGAAGAUUUUAUAGCCAAGUCAAUUGCAUUCGAGAACACAGCCGGUGCAAGCAAACAUCAAGCAGUGGCACUUCGCGUGCAAGGCGACCGCUCAGCUUUCUUCGACUGCGCCAUUCGUGGCUAUCAGGACACACUAUAUGCCCACGCCCACCGCCAGUUUUAUCGCAACUGCGAAAUUUCCGGUACCGUCGACUUCAUCUUCGGUUACUCCUCAACCAUAGUUCAAAGCUCCAAGAUCAUUGUCCGAAAACCCGACCCAAACCAACAAAACAUCGUGGUUGCAGAUGGAACACCUCAGAAGAACAUGCCCACAGGGGUAGUGCUACAAAACUGCGACAUUUCACCAGAGGCUGAACUGGUUCCUAUGAAACUAACGGUGAAGUCAUAUCUGGCGAGGCCAUGGAAGGAGUAUUCAAGGGCAAUCUUCUUGGAGAACACAAUUGGUGACUUGAUUCAACCGGAUGGGUAUCUUCAGUGGUCAGGGAACAUGUACCUAAACACUUGCUUCUUUGCUGAGUAUGGAAACACCGGACCUGGGGCUAACGUUAAUGCCAGAGUGAAGUGGGGUCGUGGGGUUCUUAAUAAGAACGAUGCUGCUCAGUACACUGCUGAACACUGGAUUCAAGCUAGUACAUGGUUGCCAGCUACUAGUAUACCCUUUGAUCCUGCCUUCACUAGAGGAUGA